AACCAUGGACUUGCACUUGAGUGCACUAUGGUCGUGUUUGGGAGCGGAGUGAGGCGAAAGUCAAUUAUAUCGCUAAUUAUUUUACACCUCCCCCAAAAGUAGAGGUACCUAGCCAACCAAUAAGGCUAUAUAAAUGGGGGAUCAUCGCGAGGAAUCUCAACAGUAAACUUAUUUCGUUAGAGCUAAGCAGGUCGAAAUGAAGUUUACGGGACUCUUCCUCUUAGUUCUAUCAGCUGCGACGAUCGCUGCGUCCGUGGAGGAUGGUCAAAAACAGAUCGAAAGUGCAGAUGAGUUAGCGAGUGCGGGUGAUCUCGAGGGGUCAGAGUCCAAUGUGCAGGAGGACCUAGUGCCUUCAGCCUCACACCAUGUCGACAGGCAGUGGAAAGUGAAACCGGUGAAAAAGUCCCUACCAGGUGGUGGAAAACGAGUCACUGUUCACAUUGUCGAGACGAGUAGCAGUGGCCCCAAAAAGAGCGCCAAAGGACCAGCAAAGUCGCCAAAGAAGUCACAGCACAAGAAUGCACCAAAUCCAACUAUAGCAUCAGCUAGCACUAGCACUAGCACUAAAAAGGGUGGUAGUCAUCGUAUCGAUAGUCACACCCAUUCAGAGGAAGUUCACGAGAUCAUCUUACCGGCCGAACAGGAGCUUGUCAGCCGGCAUGUUGAGCAACUGGCACAUUUUCCCCAGACCAAAUACGAGAUCAUAAGUGCUGCUGACACAGAUUCCCAGGAAAGCAGAAAGGAAGAGCCCCGGGAAAAGAUCAAGAUCAAACACCAUCAUCAUCACCAUCAUCACAAUCACGUGAAGACGGUGGUGAAGAAGGUCCCCGUUGAGAUACCAGUUGAAAAAUUGGUUCAUGUACCCGUGGAGAAGCUGGUGCACGUACCCAAACCCUAUCCCGUUGAGAAACUAGUGGAGAAGGUAGUGCACGUACCUGUGGAGAAAAUUGUCCAUGUGCCCAAGCCCGUACCCGUAGAAAAGAUCGUGGAGAAGGUGGUACAUGUGCCCGUGCCCAAGAUUAUCGAGAAACCCGUUCCCUUUGAGAAGAUCGUCGAGAAGAUUGUGCAUGUGCCCAAGAUUAUUGAGAAGGAGAAGAGGGUACCAGUUGAAGUUAAGGUACCCUAUCCCGUGGAGAAGCUCGUACACGUCCCAAAGCCCUAUCCCGUAGAGAAAAUUGUAGAAAAGGUGGUUCAGAUACCCAUUCCUAAGCCCUAUCCCGUGGUGAAGCACAUCCAUGUGCCAGUUGAGGUGAAAGUACCCGUUCCCGUUCACAAGCCCGUCCCUGUGCCCAUUGAACGAAAGAUUAAGGUGCCCGUAAAAGUGGAGAGGAAGGUGAAGGUUCCUGUUCCGUUCCCCGUCAAGGUGGAGGUUGAGAAGAAGGUACCAGUUCCCUAUCCAGUCAAGGUUCCCGUGAAAGUCUACAUCCCGCAGCCCUAUCCAGUCGAGAAGAAGGUUGAGGUGAAAGUGAAGGACUACUCACAGCCACCAAAGGACUACUCACAGCCGCCAAAGGACUAUACACCACACUACAAGAGUACGUACCAUAGGGACACGUAUCUAAAGGAUCCCUAUCCAAAAGAAUCAUACCCAAAAGAGUCUUAUAUUAAGGACACCUCGUACAAGCCAACCACCAGCACCGACUACCAGGACCAGCCACCCAGCUACACCUACUACACAACGCAGUCGGACCAUGAUCAAGCACCGUAUGGCACUGAACACACCUACACACAGUACAGUCACCCGCCGACGCAGCAGGAACAGCCACCCGAGCACAUCUACAGUGUUGAGUCAGCCUAUCCCGUGCCUCCAUACCACAGUGACUACCAGAAUGAAUAUCAGAAACAGGAUAGUUUCUACAGUAAUCCUGAGGCUAGAAUCCAGCCUGUUUCACUGGCAGAUUCAGCCACAUCAGCCACUGACCUGAAUCAGCAGUACACGGUAGCCGUGGCACCGCCCCAAGAGGCCACGGGAUUCCAGAUAAACGUGCCAGAUCCCAGCAGCCAGGCUGACCCUAUGGCCUUCUCUGCCAGUGAGAAUGUACCCAACUACGACGUCGGCUACCAACCGAUGCACCUAUUGCACCUACACCAAUUUGACGACUUCCACGGCGUCUCGCCCGAAGCCACGGGUUUCUCCCUAGCGCACGAGUAGUGAGUGCAACAGUAAAAAAAAACCCACAGAAUCGCGAUUUAGUGAAUUGGACUAAUGAGAGACCGCGAGAGACUGCCACAAAUGCAACGCGCUACAUGUUUAGAUAUUUUUAUUUUUUAGUAGUUUUAUAAUUUAAAAAAAAAAAAACAGAAGACACUCUCCAGCAUAACAACGCUACACAAAAAAACUCUUCUUUUCUAACCGUUCAAUUCCACAUAAAGAUGGGUCUCAUUGAGGAUAGGAAGGAUUUGAAAAUAGAAAAAAACCAUUUUGGGAGAAUAUUUUUUCGAUUUUCCCAAAAACAAACCAAAAAAAAAACUGAUAGAAUGUUAGGAAGAAAGGUGAAAAAUUGAAAUGUAUCGAUUGAAAAAAAAAUGUAGAAACUUGUGUAAAUGUGAUAUGAGAAAAUGCUGAAAAAAAGAUACAAAAUAAAAAAAAUAUUUAAUUACGAA